GUUGGCGAGGAGCGCGCGCCGGGCCGCGGCGGCGAGGCAGGAGGAGGCCCCCAGCGGCAGGAGGAGGAGGGACGCCAUCCGGGCCGCUGUUAGAGAUAGACAGUUCCAACCGAAGGGCAGAAGAAAAAAAAAAGACAAGCCAUUGGACAGUUACUAGUACCUGGUGAUCUUCCAUCCUGUGAACGUAACCGCCGCGCCUUCGCUGUAGGAGGGGAGUCCUUGUCCUCCUGCGCGCGCUCGCCCCGGCCCUGCAUCAAGAUCAGCCGACGAACAUCAGGGCCUUUGAUUCCAGGGCGGAGGAGGUCGAUGGGGUCCGUGGUGAGCUCGGCGGCGAACGGCGUCGGCACGCUCGUCGGGAACGUCGUGUCCGCGCCGUUCAAGCUUCUCUUUGGCGCCUCCUGCGAGAGCGUUUGCUCGGGGACAUGGGACCUGCCCUGCUUCAUCGAGCAUGUCUGCAUCUCGAGCCUGCUCAGGCUCUUCGUCGUUAUCAUCGUCACCUACAUCGUGCUGCUUUUCGGGUAUGUCCUGUGCAAGCUGGGCAUCGUCAAGUGCGUGGCCAAGAACGCCUUCAAGAUGGUGUGGAAGCCCUGCUCGGCCUGCUGCCGCGCGCCCGGCCUCCUCUGGCACAAGGUGCGCAAAACCAAGCGCGUGCACCGUGGCCGGCGCGGCCGCCGGGAGCGGGACGUCGAGCUGGGGGAGCCCAGCAGCACGAGCCGCUCAUCCUCCUCAUCCUCCUCCUCCGGCGACGAAGACAGUGACCGCCGCCGGGGCGCCGCGGCGAGCAGCAGGUCGAGGGGGAGGUGGUCGUCGUCGUCGUCGUCCGUGCGGGAGAGGAGGAAGGACAGGAUCCGGCAGUCCCUGCGCCUCAAGAGGGUCAGCUCCAAGGUGGAGCGCGCUGCGAGGGAGUCGGACUGGUCCGCUGCCUCCUGCCACCCAGAGCCCACCACCGGCGCCGUCCCCCACCGGCGCUGCUUCCUGCUGCUACCGGCGUUGGCCCGGUUCACCGCCUCCUGCCAUUCUAGGCCACGCCUCGAGCAUGCCGAGGGCGGCCGCCAAGAGGUCCGCAUCCCCAACGAGCGAGCCGCGCACGAGGAGCACGGCCUGGAGCCCGUGCAUGGCGUCUAA